AUGAACACAACUACGAUGGGCCUGCUUGGUUUGCCGGCAGAACUGCGCUUGAUCAUCUACGACCAUUCAUUCCGCGGUUCAAUACUGUUCGACAGAGAGCUUUCCAUCGACGACAAAACCGCAGCCUCGGACGAAGCCGCGCCCGCCAGUGACGAGUACGGCCGCGACCUGUAUGAGUCUUUGCAAAUCGACAACGAUCGAGAGAAGGGCUUUCGAGACAGAUUCCCAGGCGUGCUGUUGGUCAGCAAGACUGUUCGAGACGAGGCGCUUCCUGUAUACGGGCGGAGUGUUCUGCUAUCUGUAGGUCUCAAAGAAGGAAAAUGUCUGAUCCCGAGGAUCCCAGCGGAAUAUCGGAGCCAUAUUCGCAGCGUCCUCAUCAGUUUUUAUCUACCCAGGUACGAAGGCGACGUUGCUGUGCUCUUGCAGGGGUUUCGCACGGCACACAUUAUGGGCCCGGCAAUCCAAUUGAAGAGACAUGCGUGGACUGAUCGCACUUUGGCAUCAGAAGCAAUGGUUGUCAUCAAAGUCUGGCGUCCAGAGCUGAGGUGGUGUCUUGACGACCUCACACAGCGACGGCCCGAGUUGCGAGUCGUCGUGCACAUGCUCAUAGUCCUGGUCGAUGACCUUUUCGACUACGAGCCGGACCUGCUGCGGCGGAGGGGGUGCAAGUUCUUCGAGGUUGAUUAUGGGAGGAGAGCGAAUAUAAGCCGACACUCGCUACCUGAAAGGAAAAAGAAGGUGCAGAAGGAAGGUCGAGAAGCUGGACCAGAACAUUUUGAAUGGGACCAAUUGAUACCAGAUGGCCACUAG